GUGCAGCACCGUGCGGGGUUUGCAGCCCUCCACCAAAAAUUUUUCCAAACCCUGACCUCGGACGUUCCCAUCUCCCCAGCCCCCGGGCACCAGCCCCCCACUCCACCUCAUCGGCCGCCUCCAGCCCGACCGUCCGCGGCGGCCGGCGGCUGGUGCCCGCCUGCCCCUGCGUCCAGGCCCCCACCUCCACCGCACACUCGUGCUCGGCCACCAGCCCACCGCACCGUCCGCUCGAGGCGCACGGCAGCGGGGCGCGCCUCCUCCCGGCCAGUGUGCGGCGCUCGGCUCCGGCGCGGCACCUCCUCCCGGUCGGCGGCCUACGCUCGGGUGGUCUGCCCCCAUCCUCCAGCUCGGCCCCGUCCUCCUGCUCGGCGCUCGGGUCCUCGCGGCCGCGGGUUCUCCUCCUGCUCGUGACGGCGGCCGCACGCUCGGAGACAGUAGCAGCGGCCGCCGCUAAGCUGCGUGGGCCGCAUCUGGUGACUCGAGCUCCUUUCGUGAGGCUCCUUCCAGUCCUUGCUGCGCCCCUGCUAGAGGAUCUGCGGCCAGCAGUGAUGAUGAGUCCCGACGCCCGAGUGCUUGAACCCAUCGUCAGGCUCCAUAUCGAUACAGCUCCAUCCAGUUAACUAUCAAUCUCCGUCGGAAAACAAUGGCGUCCGUCGCCGCGCCGAGCGGCUCGCUGGCGGGAAAGCGCCCGACCUCCGGCGUGCGGGAGGGCGACCAGAUGGUCAUCACGCCAUUGGGCGCCGGCAGCGAGGUUGGCCGCUCCUGCGUCCACAUGACCUUUAAGGGCCGCACCGUCCUUUUCGACUGCGGCAUCCACCCGGCCUACUCCGGCAUGGCGGCGCUGCCGUACUUCGACGAGAUCGAUCCAUCCACCAUAGAUGUCCUCCUCAUCACCCACUUUCACUUGGACCAUGCCGCCUCGCUGCCCUAUUUCCUGGAGAAGACUACGUUCAAGGGCAGGGUGUUUAUGACCCAUGCCACAAAGGCUAUUUACAAGCUGAUGCUUACGGAUUAUGUCAAAGUCAGCAAAGUUUCCGUGGAGGAUAUGCUGUAUAAUGAGAAUGACAUUGCUCUCUCUAUGGAGAAAAUUGAGGUUAUCGAUUUCCACCAGACGUUGGAAGUUAAUGGCAUACGUUUCUGGUGCUACACUGCCGGCCAUGUACUUGGUGCUGCCAUGUUCAUGGUGGAUAUUGCUGGUGUGCGCAUUCUUUACACUGGUGACUACUCCCGUGAAGAAGACCGCCACCUACGAGCUGCUGAGCUCCCACAGUUCUCCCCAGAUAUUUGCAUUAUUGAGUCAACUUAUGGCAUACAACAACAUCAGCCCAGGAUUGUACGCGAGAAGCGCUUUACUGAGGUCAUCCACAAUACUGUUUCACAGGGGGGUCGUGUUCUUAUCCCAGCAUUUGCUCUUGGCAGAGCACAAGAACUGUUGCUUAUCCUUGAUGAAUAUUGGUCCAAGCACCCAGAGCUCCAUAAGAUUCCAAUCUAUUAUGCCUCCCCUCUUGCAAAGAGGUGCAUGGCUGUCUACCAGACAUACAUAAACUCCAUGAAUGAAAGGAUACGGAACCAGUUUGCGCAGUCCAAUCCCUUUGUUUUCAAGCAUAUCGAGUCCUUGAAUAGCAUUGAAAACUUUCAUGAUGUAGGUCCUUCAGUGGUGAUGGCUAGUCCAGGUGGUCUUCAGAGUGGUCUCUCUAGGCAGCUUUUUGAUAAGUGGUGCACGGAUAAGAAGAAUGCUUGUGUUAUUCCAGGCUAUGUUGUGGAGGGAACCCUUGCAAAGACCAUUAUCAACGAGCCAAGAGAAGUGAUGCUAGCUAAUGGGCUCACUGCUCCUCUUCAUAUGCAGGUUCACUAUAUAUCUUUCUCAGCUCAUGCUGAUUUCCCUCAGACAAGCAACUUUUUGGAUGAACUUCAGCCACCCAACAUUAUUCUUGUACAUGGAGAAGCAAAUGAAAUGUCAAGGCUUAAACAGAAACUUAUUUCUCAGUUUGAUGGAACAAACACCAAAAUUGUUUCUCCCAAGAACUGCCAAUCAGUGGAGAUGUAUUUCCCUUGUGAGAAAAUGGCCAAGACUAUUGGCAGGUUGGCAGAGAACGUACCAGAAGGUGGAGAGUCUUCAGGUGGCUUACUUGUGAAAAAAGGAUUCACAUAUCAGAUUAUGGCUCCUGAAGAUCUCCGAGUGUUCACACAGUUAUCUACAGCUAACAUCACUCAACGCAUUGCGGUCCCUUAUUCUGGUUCUUUUGAAGUCAUAAAGUACAGGCUGAAGCAAAUAUACGAGAGCGUGGAGUCAGCAACUGAAGAAUUUGAUGUUCCAACACUUAUUGUGCAUGAACGAGUGACAGUUCGCCUAGAGUCAGAAAGCUAUGUUACGCUGCAAUGGUCAUCAGAUCCCAUUAGCGACAUGGUGUCUGAUUCUGUGGUGGCUGUAGUCUUGAACAUAGGCCGUGAGGGUCCAAAACUUGUUCCGGUUGAAGAAGCAGCGAAGACCAAGGAAGAUACAGAAAGGGUAGCACUAAAGGUAGUGUAUUCUCUUAUGGCGUCGCUUUUUGGUGAUGUUAAAGUUGGAGAAGAAGGGAAAUUUGUCAUAUCCGUCGAUGGAGAUGUGGCACAAUUGGAUGGGAGGAGUGGUGAUGUUGAAUGUGAAAAUGCUACACUGAAAGAACGGAUCAAGACUGCUUUCCGUCGCAUACAGGGUGCUGUGAGACCAAUCCCACUUUCAGCCUCUUGAUCUGGAGGUGCCAAGAUCAUGCUUUAGGCUUGUCCAACAUCUACUAAUUCAACAUUUGACUUCAUUUAGAGAGUGGAACUUUUUUUUUUGGAAUCAAAAUGUCUUGUACCACAGUUGUUGAAAACACGAAAUGGUUAGUGCUCUGAGCCUAUGUACUCCUCCCUCUGAAACAUGAGUUGUAACAUUGUACUAGUUUCUACUAACAGCUACCAUUACAAUGUUAACCUUCUUUGAGAAUAUCUUUUCUUGUUA